AUGGACCCAGCGGUUUCGGGACCGGAGGUUCAUCAUCAUUCACCACCGCCGCCGCCGCCGCCUCCACCACAGCCGCCGCCACCCCCACCACCACAAUCGCCGCCGCCGCCACCACCAUCGUCGCCGCCGCCGCGAUCCUUUUUCUUCUUACCGCGGUCAUCAUCACCACAAGCGAAGAGGAUGGUUGGAAUGAUAGAGAGAGACGCCACCAUCAUGCAGAAGAGAAAGAAAACCCCAGUGACCACGUAAGAUGAGCCGCCGCCGCCGUUGCCCGCCAACGAGGCCCUGGCCAUCGUUCUUCGCUUCUUAUCAACAACUGGGAUUUGGAUAGACAGGAGGAUGGGACUUAAUAUAGAUUCGAACGCGCUGGCGCCUAAUCCGAAACCGAUAUAAAUUAUUUUAUGUUGGAGCCUAUAACGAAGCUGCACGUUUCUCUGACUUCCGCUAGAAGCCUUGCCGCGAAGAUUCAGAGAUAGAGAGAGAGAGAGGGAACUUUUCGCCGUUUAAUUUUUCCUUCGUAGACGAGCGAAAUAAGGUUUAUAAAGAGUCAGAGAUUCAUUUUCAUGCUGUUUAGCGAACUGGAUCUCCUUAUUUUCCCAUGAAAUCUGUUUAUGUUUGAACAUCUAUUCAAAAGUAAGUGAAUAGUGAGUAGAGUCCUCCAGUUCUUGUUCCUCAGGAUACGAGCGAUCGCCCUGAGCCAAAGUUCCAGCUUUGCAAAGAGGCAGAAGUAUGGUGUUCAUAGAGCAUCUCUCGCCACUUCUACUCAGAGACGACGCAUCUGCUCAGAGAGAAAAAAUUUCGUGUGACCACGUAGUGCUUGGUCCCUCUCUGGGAGGGGAUUUGUCCCAACCUUGUCGUAUGUUCAAAUUCCUAAAUUUUUCAAUGCUCUCUACCGAGUCCUACUAGUCCAAGUCAUAGGAUCUGGGCUCCAAGUACGGAUGAAAGAUUAAACCAUUUCUUAUGGGCCCAAGUGAUCAUAAUGAUUUGGAUACAAACUUAUUUGACGUAGCUAUGGGAUGAUUUAAAAGGGAAUUAUUUCUAUCAUUAAUUAUCACUUUUUAAUUCAUAAAAAAGCUUCCUUCCAUCAUUUAUUUUUAUUUCUAUUAUAUUUUGACUAGUCUAGAUAUCACCGGGUCAAACGCACCAGACCUAUUGGUAGACUAGUUUUGUUGAGUCCCAUACUUGAGCAUCUAUAUCUCUCUAAACAGGGUCACAAACUAAGAGAGAUGGGGUAGAAUUGCCUGAUGGAAUCUUCGAUUCUCUUCAAGAAAUCCUUCCUCUUUUUAUCCCUCUAGGUCUUUUGAACCCUCGUUUUUGUUGCAAGAAAAAUUUAAGCAUGAACUCAUUUUUGCAGAACUUUUCAUCUCUUUUAUGAGCUACUCUUAAAACCAUAUUGAAUCUUUAUGCCUAUAAUGACUUUAUUUUUUCUCAUAUGCUACACUAUAGUUUUCGAUGAUUUAAAAGACCCAGUUUUCUUUUUAAAUCGGGUCCAUCUUUGGCACUGAGUUGCCAUCAAAGAUCUGAAGGUUUUACACAGCCAAAGGUGACAUAAAAAAUUAAGGUAAUAGUAGAAAGUUGAUCUCAAGCAUGGACGCUUGUUAAUUAAAUAGAUGGGGAUUAGAAGAGACGAUGGAUAAAGGUACAGAAAUCAAAGCCUCUCUAGGUUGGAAAAAUCUUCCAGCCAAAUUAAAAUAAUGGAAAGAUUGUUCAAGUGAAACAAUUUUUUGGUUAAGUUUAACGUUUUUUUCAAGUCGAAAGCUUAUGGUGAAAUUUGAAUAUUUAAUAGGUUUAUAAACAAGGUUAAGAUUGGUUCCUAUUCUGUGUUUUAUGAUUGGAAUCGUGAUAGCGAUUCUCUAUGAUUAUUGUUACAUGAAAAAAAAAAGAAGGAAUCAUCUUAGGAUUGUCUUGGAGCCCAACAAAAGGUUGAAUCAAACAAUGGGUAGAACCAAUGUCAUGCUGAUGUACGAGAGAACAUAGGAAAUGACCGUAAAUCGGUUCUGAAUAUGUGUUAGAUUUGAGCCUAUAGAGUCCUCGAGCCAUCUCCAACAUUUCUAAAACAGUUUUUCCUUGAAUAAUAAUUACGUCUUUAAUAUUUAUGAAAAAACAUUUUCCGUAUUGUUUGAAUUUUUAUCCCCGCAAUGCAGAUGCCAUUAUGGUAAUGAGUAGAUAUCAUAAUAAUUUGGAGUCUCGAAAUGUUAUGCCGAAUUAAAAGUCAAAUGUACGGAAUCAUUUUGCGGUUAGAAGCUUUGACUAGUUAACUCGCGUGAUCCUUAUCCGACCGACCCACUUAAUGGAAGGAGAGCGCAUCAAUCCCCAUCACACAGCCGCCGCCCGAAGCCCAGCCACAUCUUGGCCGCCGCCACCGGCGCCUUCCGGGGAACCGCCGCCACGUCCUGCACCGUCGGUGCCCUGGCCAUGAUUUCUCACAUUAUACUCUUUCUGUGGACGAGUGGAGAUCUUGAUGUGAGAGGAGGAGAAGCCACAUCUGAUGUAAUGUAGUCGAGUCUGACAUUGUAAUUAAGUAUUGGCCGUAAAAUCUUUAGGGAAUGGCGAGAGAGAUUAACACCGGAUCAACCAAGUCGAAGAAUUCUUCCUAACGAUUUAGAUAAGUGAGGGGGAGAGAGAGAGAGAGAGAGAGAGAGAGAGAGAUUCAGCAUGACUAUUGGGGGCUUAAAAUGCACAUGUUUUUAGAACAAAAAGGUUUGCGUACGAAUUUUUAAACUGCUGAAUUCGGAAACAACCGUUGCCUAAACUCUGUCCCUCUGACGGUGCAUCGAGGAAGAUGGUCAAGGGGCAGAUCAAGCUGGAGCCGGUGAGUGGCUCCAGGAAAAUAGGAUUAGCUCGCCCCACCGCCGCCGCCACAGCCUCCGCCUCCACCGCCGCCUCCACAGCCUCCGCCGCCACCGCCGCCACCGUCACCGCCACCGCCGCCACCGUCACCGCCUCCACCGUCACCGCCUCCGUCACCACCAUCACCACCAUCACCACCUCCGUCUCCCCCGCCAUCACAGCAACUGCACCAGGAGCCUGCACCGUAG